UGUUGGGGGCCGGGCUCUCUCCUCCCACCCAUGGCGGACACAAGCUUCAGUCCGGUGCCCCAGCGUGAGGAGGACCCUGGCUACAGGGUCUCGCGGAGAAACAAGAUCUGGUUCGUCCUGGGCGUGGUGCUCUUGGUGCUGGUGGUCGGCGGCGUGGUGGUCUGGGUCGUCCUGCGGCACAUGAAGAGAAACAGCUGGCACGGGAGAGGCACCACUGCCAACUUCUCCUUGGUCCUGCAGAGCCGCUGCUCCUCUUACCGCCGAGACCCACAAACCGUGCCCGGUCCUGUAGACUGCACGAAGAUAGUUGAAGCAUUCGAGAAUGCAUUUAUUUUUAAAGACCCUUGUAAGAUUACAGAAGAAGACUAUGAACCUCUAUUGAAGUUGACCAAGCAGUCAAUACCUUGUGGCAAGGUUCUCCUCUGGAGCAAAACAAAAGCGAUGGCACACAGAUUCACACAGCAGAGGCAGGACCUGUUCACUCUGGAGGACGCAUUGCUGGGCUACUUGGCUGAUGGCCUCUCGUGGUGUGGAUUCCCCGAUUCCAAUGCAAUGAACUACCAAUCUUGUCCAACCCGAGGGGACUGCAAGGAAAACCCUGUUUCUGUAUUCUGGGAUGUGGCAUCUAAAACAUUUGCCCAAGGUGCCUGUGGAGUGGUCAACGUGUUGCUCAAUGGGACCCGCAGUAAUGCCUUUGACGAAAACAGCACAUUCGGGCGUGUGGAACUCCACACCUUGAAGGCUUCCGCACUCCACGUCUGGCUGCUCCAUGACCAAGAAGGGGAGCCCAGUGACACGUGUUCAGGCUCCUCCAUCGCUCACCUGGAAUCAAUUGCAAGUGGAAAAUCUAUGACCUUUAAUUGCCAGGAUAUCAAGAGUCUUGAUGAGAUGCGAGUGUGAAGAAUCCUGAACGUCACUCGGCAGAUCUGAGCUGAUGAGAGCACAUCGGCGUGGCUCUCCCACCCUCUGCACCUGCGGUCACAUGGAUGUCACAUGGAUGUGCCUGCCAGAAGACACUCUGUGCUGGAGAGCCAGAUUCGGAGCAUCUGCUCCACGAUGUCAUCAACAAAGAGGGAAACAUCCCCCCAUCCAAGUCUUCAAAUAAAUGGACUUUUUUUUGUC